GACUAACAACGAAGAAAAAAAAUGUAAUUCUUAGACUGAUAAACGUAUUUCGUUUUAACUAUAAACGAAAAGAAAAGCGAGUAUAGAAUGUAAAGGUGUUAUAGUGAAAAUAAUUUUAUUUGAAUUCUUUGGAGGAAAUGUAAAAGGGUUUGGUUAGUAUGAAGAAUGCCAAAUCAAGAUAGCAAAAAAAAAAGAAAUGAAAAUAAUCUGACAAUUUUCGAAAGAGAUACGCAGUUGGCAUAUUGAAUUUCAAGUAAACAGCAAAGAAACAGAUAAACUCAUUCGCAAUUCAACAAAUCUGAGCGUGUAUUUGAAAUAAGAAGCACACAGUUCAAGAGCGAGAAAAAUAGAGAGAAAAACAAGCAAAUUAGUAAAGCAAAACGCGACACACAAACUCAUGUACUCACACGACGAUAAAGUUCCAAAAGACUCAAUAAGCAUUUUUGAAUAAAAACGAUACAGAAUAACGAGCAAAAGAGAAACAAAAAAUUAUAAAGCAAAACGCAAAAAAGUUCACCGAAUGGUUUUUGAUUCACCAAUGUCAAUUGAAAGCAUACGCGGUAAGUUCCACUUAUCAUCAAAAAAAAAAUAGAACUUUAUAACGUGACAAAUCGCUAUCGACAACACAAUGUUAAAUUAGCACAAAGAGUUGGCACGAAUCAGAUACACAUAUACGUAGAAAAGUGGCGAUUCAACGUCGAACAAUCAUUGGAAAAUCGGUAUUGUCAGUGUUUCAAGUGCAAUCGCAUAAAAAGCAGAAAUCAUUGCGAUUCAGUAACUUCUGGCCAUUGAAUAUUCAACGGUCGUUGUUAUCAUCAAUAUCAUCGUCGCAUCGCGCACAUAAUGCACUCGAAAAAUUUCGAAAAUAUUUACAUAAGUUAAUGAUCACAGUGCGACGACCGUCAUUCGAACAAUAUUUUAAACGAAUUUUUCGUGAUACCAAACAAAAUUUACGAAAAUUAAUCAUGGCCACAAAGCAACAAAUUGGAUUAAAUGCCAAUCAGAAAGAAACGAUCAAUGUACAAAAAUCGUCAAUUUUUUUGGUCGCACUGAAUUUAUUUCAUCGAUUCUUUUGCCUGUGCGUUCGUUUUGUGCUGAUCAAAGUGCACGGUGAACAUGGACCAUCAAUGCCUCCAAUAGACGAUCUCCUCCUACUCGAAUCAGCCACAUCAAUUGCUGAAAAGAUACGCACUAAAAAAAUAACAUCGACACAAGUAUUAAAUACGUUCAUUAAACGAAUCAAUAAAAUUAAUCCAUUGCUGAAUUGUGUUGUUGAUGAGCGUUUUGAUGAUGCACUACAAGAGGCUGCCAAAGUGGAUGAGCUUAUUGCAUCAGAUCAAUACACUGCCGAACAGCUCAGGGAACAAAAACCAUUCCUAGGAGUACCAAUAUCGACGAAAGAUUGUAUUGCCGUUAAAGAUAUGUUAAACACUGGUGGUUUAUGGCUAAGACGGGAUACACGCGGCACUGAAGACGCUGAUGCCAUUCGAUUGAUACGUGAAGCAGGUGCCAUACCAUUUGCAUUGACAAAUGUUUCGGAAGUAUGCAUGUGGUGGGAAAGUUCAAAUCCAGUUCAUGGUCGAACUCGAAAUCCCUAUGAUACAAAUCGAAUUGUGGGUGGUUCAAGUGGUGGUGAAGGCUGUAUAUUGGGUGCAGCUGGUUCGCCAUUUGGAAUCGGUUCAGACAUCGGUGGAAGUAUUCGUAUGCCAGCAUUUUUUAAUGGUGUAUUUGGACAUAAGCCAUCGCCGUUUAUUGUAUCGAACAAAGGUCAAUUUCCAUUUCCAACGAGCAAAGAGCAAUUAUCAUUUUUGGGCAUUGGUCCAAUGAGCCGGUUUGCGUGCGAUUUAAAACCAAUGUUAAAAAUCAUUGCCGGAAAUAAUGCGGACCAAUUGAAUUUGGAUGUGCCAGUGAAUUUAUCGAGCUUAAAAUAUUACUAUCAGGAAAAUGAUGGUGGUUCGUAUUUUGUUUCGCCAAUCGAUUACGAUCUUCGUGUGAUCAUGGACAAAGUAAUUCGUCAUUUACAAAUUGCAUUCAAAGCGAAACCACAACGUGUUAAAUUGUCAAAACUAAAAGAUUCGACUACGAUUUGGUUGGCAAAUAUGAAAGACGAAAAUGAAAUCGGUUUCGACGCACAAUUGGCCAAUUUAAAUGGACGAAUUAAUCCAUAUUUGGAAAUGUUUAAAUGGUUAUUCGGUGUAUCAAAGCAUACCUUCAUUGCAAUUAUGACGGCCAUAACAGAUCGAAUGGGCGUUAAAUACGGCACACCAGAGUAUCAUUUGAAAGUUAAGGAACGUGAUGAUUUACGGCAUGAAUUUGAAGAAAUGUUGGGCACAAAUGGUGUUCUCAUAUAUCCAACACAUCCAACCGUUGCACCGUAUCACAACGAACCAAUUGUAAAAGCAUUUAAUUUCAGCUAUACGGGAAUCAUUAAUGUUCUUGGCCUACCAUCGACAGCCGUACCACUUGGACUUGGCACCAAAGAAGGUCUACCAAUAGGAUUGCAAAUUAUUGCAAAUCGUAAUCAGGAUCGUCUCUGUUUGGCCGUUGCCAGUGAGUUGGAGCGUGCAUUUGGCGGAUGGGUUGCACCAAAAAUCAUUGCCUGAAUUUUGUUACCACACACCUUAUCUUCUUUUUUCUUCUUUUUUACGAAACAAAUAUAUUAGGUUUAAGAUGAUUUUCAGAGAACAUUAUAUAUUUAGAUAAAUAUGUAAAAUAUACAAUUUGAUUCGUUUGACAUUCGUUGAUUGUUGAGUGAAAUCUAUUUUCAUAUACAAAAUAUUCCAGAUUUAGACAGAAAAAAAUCAAAACAAAAUAAAAAAUUAUAAAAUAUAACAUUUGUGGCUGUUUUUUGGUUUCGAUAUAUAUUUUUUUUUUACUAAGCAAAUCUCUUUAUGCACAUAUGGAUUGAAAGAAAGUCAAUUUGUAAAUUGUAUAUUUAAUCAUUAAGUGAUAUCAAUGAAAUUACAUGUUAUUUAGCAGAGAUGUUUCUCUAUUUCUCUGGUACGUUCAGAAGAUGGAGCAAGAGAAAGAGAAAAGUGAUCGCUAGAGAUAAAUGUUAAAUCGUAUAUUUUUUAUCUAUAGAUAUUAAUAAUUAUGAAUUUCAUUCGUUAUGAAUAAAUAUUUUAUGUUUGUGAGCAGAGCCAA